GCCCGCCAGGAGCUGCUGCCCGGAGUUCCCAGCAUUGAGCCAUGCCGCGCGGGGGUGGGUCCGGCGGAGCACCCGGCGUCCGGGCACCGCCCCCUCCCGUCCUGUCCCGGCCCCGGGAAAAGUUUCUGGGCUGAGUCACCGGCUCAGAGCAGACGGAGCCGCCGGCAGCGGGAGGGGAGAUCAGCCCCGGGCAGGACCAGGACCGGGCCCGGGCCCUGCCAGAUCGGGACCCUCGGGAGACCCCCUCCAGGACCGGGCCCAUGAGGGGCGUCGUCGUCACCGCCUUCGUGCUGGUGCUGCUGGUGCGGGGGGAGCCGGCGGCAGCGCCGGCCUGCCCCGGGGGUCGCGCCUGGAGCCGCGACCUGGACAAGUGCAUGGACUGCGGCCUCUGCACCGCCCGCCCCAAGACCGACUUCUGCCCCCGCUGUGGUGAGGCCCCGCCCCCUGGGCCAGGUGUGUGGCUGGCGGUGGGCGGUGCCAUGGGGGGAGUAGCCUUGCUGGCCCUAGUGGGGGGCGUGGUGUUGUGGGCACGGUGCCGCCCCCGCCAGAAGUUCACCACCCCCAUCGAGGAGACAGGAGGCCACUCGGAGGCUCUGAUUCGCUGAGGCCCCGCCCUGGGACAACGCCUUGCUAGGCUCCGCCCCCCGAGCCACAAAGGGACGGGCCCAUGGAUUUUGCACAUGCCACACCCCCUUCGGAGCCCUGCCCCCAGCUUGGAGGGGGGGCUUCACACACACUACUAGGGGCGCUGGCGCUUUAAGAGCAAGCCCCGCCUCCCAGUGCAGGAGGCGGGGCUUCCUGCAGGUUAUGCCCCAUAUUGGGGCCUGUUGGGGGAGGGGCUUGGGAACCCCGCCGCCUCACCCCAGUGCAACCACUUGCGGGGGGCGGGGCUGGGUUCCCUGGGGAGCAGGGGCUGCUGGGAGCCUGAAUUCUCCCCUCCCCCCUUAACUUAUGUUCUUAUAGGGAAGGAGUCCAGCACAUUUUAAUUAAAGUCUAAUUUUAAUGGCA